GAAAGGUGUCUUGAAGGUAAAUUUGGGCUAGGGUUUUCCGGCGAACCUGUAUGGCAUACUCCCAAUAGACGUUUCCCCUCAGUCAGGGGAACUAUAUGCGAUCGAUCUUAUAAUGGCAAAAGCCAGCAUUGGGCAGGUCCCAAUUGUGCAUUUCAGCACUUGGAAACAAUGCACAUCGCGUCAAAUCUGCGCUAUUGCGGGUGAUUUUUAUCUACUCGAGGAACAUGGCUUUCAUACAACCACAGAGCGCGUUGGUACCGCACGCACCACUCCGGAUGAGUUCAUCCGCAACCCAAGCCAACUCGUUAGCGCCCGCACCCAUCACAAUCAUAACCUCGAUUACAGCCACUACCAUAAGCAGCGCUGUUACCACGACUCUGAGAAAUCCUGCCUGUCCAAGAAAACCUUGUCGAACCCUGUGUCCUGGUUAAGGUUUUUGUACGAAUUGUCAAUCAUGGACAACCACGUUUUCACUUUCCCACUGCUUCGUCCUGAGACAGGCUCUAACAAGCAGCCUUACCUCCGCCUCCUCAUCUUCAUCAACAAGAGAAAAAGCAUCUCGCAAGAAGCCUUUCAUGUUUGGUGGCGCAGCGUGCAUGCUGAUCUUGCGGUUGCGGUUGAAGGGUUUGGCGGGGUAUGUUCGAGAUACGUACAGAUGCACACGACGCCAGAACACAAAGACCGACUUGUCAAGUGCGGCAUGCAGCCCCUACCCUUUGACGGUAUGGGCGAAAUGCACGUCCGUAGCCUGGAUGACUGGGUUGCGUUCCAGCGAAGUGCGGCGUUCGUAAAGGCAAUGGGAGACGAUGCGGCGAACUUUAUGGAAGGAGGGGUCAGCGUUAUGCUAGGGUAUGACUGCUUGAUCUAUGGAAAGAGUGUGGGUGCCGAGGGAAUGGAUGGCAUCCUACCUGUAAUUACGAAGGCGAAGGCGAAGCUAUGAGAGGUCACGAUCCUGGGCAUAUUUGCGAGUUCACAGACGUUUGCAGGAACAGGGACCAGGCACUGAAUGGUAGGACAAGAAUGCAUUACAUUUCUCUCGAUCGCUGAA